AUGGCAGCAUCGAGUUCAUCUUCGCCCGUAACAUGGGACAAAUACAGUCUUUCAAUCAACGGCGAGAGACUAUUUGUCUUUGCAGGAGAAUUCCAUUACUUACGUCUUCCUGUUCCGGAACUUUGGCUUGAUGUGUUUCAGAAACUAAAAGCAAAUGGCUUUAAUGCCAUCUCAGUAUACUUCUUCUGGAACUACCACAGCGCUUCAGAAGGCAUAUACGACUUUGAGAGCGGAGCUCACAACAUCCAGCGCCUAUUUGACUAUGCAAAAGAAACAGGAAUCUAUAUCAUCGCCAGACCGGGACCGUACGCCAACGGCGAACUGUCUGCAGGUGGAUUCGCUCUGUGGGCAGCCAAUGGUCUACUGGGUAGAGAGCGUACCAGUGAUUCGCAAUACUAUAAUUUAUGGUCACCCUGGAUGACGGAGAUAGGCAAGAUAAUAGCAGCUAAUCAAAUAACUGAAGGAGGACCCGUCAUUCUGGUUCAGCAUGAGAAUGAGCUUCAGGAGACGACUCAUAGUGCGAAUAACACUUUAGUGCUGUACAUGGAGCAGAUCUUAAAAGUUCUUGCUGACGCCGGUAUUGUUGUUCCAAGCACCCAUAAUGAAAAGGGGAUGCGUUCCGUGAGUUGGUCCACGGAUUACGAAAAUGUCGGUGGUGCAGUCAACAUCUACGGUCUCGACAGUUAUCCCGGUGGCUUGUCCUGCACAAACCCCAACGCGGGCUUCGAUCUCAUCAGGACAUAUUACCAAUGGUUCCAGAAUUAUUCAUAUACUCAACCCGAAUUCCUCCCGGAGUUUGAAGGCGGUUAUUUCACUCCCUGGGGAGACGUAUUCUAUGAUGACUGUUCAUCAAUGCUUCUCCCUGAGUAUGCUGAUGUCUUUUACAAGAAUAACAUUGGAUCUCGGAUAACUCUACAGAGUUUGUAUAUGACUUAUGGAGGCACGAAUUGGGGGCAUAUUGCUGCACCAGUGGUAUAUACAUCGUACGACUACAAUGCGCCGUUGAGAGAGACUCGUGAAAUUCGCGACAAAUUGAAACAGACGAAACUUUUGGGCUUGUUUACGCGCGUUUCAUCGGAUCUGCUGCAGACUGAUAUGAUGGGGAACGGUACUGGGUAUACGACUGGUGCGGAUAUCUUUACGUGGGCGUUGAGGAAUCCAGAGACGAACGCUGGGUUCUAUGUUGUUGCGCAGGAGGAUAGUUCUUCGGUGACGGAUGUUGUUUUUGAUCUUGAAGUUGAGACUUCUACAGGGCCUGUCAAGAUUUCAAAUAUUGAACUCAGCGGUCGUCAGAGCAAGAUUAUCGCUACAGACUACAAAGUUGGAGACACUACGCUCCUUUACUGCUCUACAGAUAUCCUGACCUAUGCCACCCUCGACGUUGACGUCCUUGUACUAUAUCUCAAUGAAGGUCAAACCGGUACUUUUGUUCUUGCACGCAGCUCUUCCGGCCUGAAAUACAUUGUCUAUGGCAACUCAACCGUAACCACCUCCCAAUCCAGCCAUGGAACAGUCUAUACAUAUACACAAGGAAAAGGAGUAUCGGCCAUCAAGUUCUCGAAUGGAUACCUCGUCUACCUCCUGGACAAGUACACUGCAUGGAACUUCUUUGCUCCGUCUCUUGUAUCAAGCCCGAUUGUGAAGCCAGAUGAACACCUCUUUGUGAUAGGGCCCUAUCUUGUGCGAGAGGCUUCCAUUAAGGAUCAUACGCUGGAGCUCAGGGGUGACAAUGAGAAUACUACUUCUAUCGAAAUAUACCAUGGCAACCCAUCCAUAUCCACCAUAACAUGGAACAACAAACCCCUUCCCACUACACGUACAGCCUACGGUAGUCUGAUAGGCACAAUCCCCGGAACUGAACACAUCAGUAUCUCCCUCCCUAAACUUACCUCGUGGAAAUCCCACAACACAAUCCCCGAAAUUGAUCCAAACUACGACGACUCCAACUGGGUUGUCUGCGAUAAGAAGACUACUUUCAACUCUAUCCCGCCUAUGUCUUUUCCUGUUUUGUACUCUGGUGAUUACGGUUACCACGCCGGACCCAAAAUCUACCGCGGAAGAUUCGGCAAUACUAAUGCAACUGGCGUCAAUAUAACAGCCCAAAAUGGCUAUGCAGCUGGGUGGUCUGCAUGGUUAAACGGUAAAUAUGUUGGAGGAGAACCCGGAGACCCGAGCAUGGAAGCAACCAGCGCCGUCCUCAAAUUUGACAGUAGUAACCUCAAACAAGACGAUACCGAGAACGUCCUCACCGUUCUCGUCGACUACACGGGCCAUGAUGAAGAUAACGUCAGACCAACCGGUGCUCAGAACCCGCGGGGUCUGUUAGGCGCAGUUUUUCAAGGCCCAACUUCGACGGAUUUCACAUCCUGGAAAAUCCAGGGAAAUGCCGGUGGAGAGAAAAACAUUGAUCCUCUCCGGGGACCCAUGAAUGAAGGCGGGUUGUAUGGCGAGCGGUUGGGCUGGCAUCUCCCUGGAUUCAAACCGAGUACAGAGUCCGGGUGGGAUGAUAAGUCUCCAUCAGACGGUGUACACGGUGCUUCGGGACGAUUCUACCUUACAGAAUUCACUUUCGAUCUUGGCGCAAAUAGUCACACGCUCGACGUACCAAUCGGCAUCCGACUAAACGCAUCCUCAACCUCCGGUCCAGCGGUGGUCUAUGUCUGGUUAAACGGAUACAAGUUCGCUCAUUACCUCCCACAUAUCGGUCCUCAGACAGUCUUCCCGUUUCAGCCUGGUAUACUCAAUAUCCAGGGUAGUGAUGGCCGUGAGAGAACGAAUACACUUGCAAUCUGUAUAUGGGCUAUGACGGGUCAGUCUGUCGCGUUGGAUGUGGUAGAACUCGUGGUGUAUGGAAAGUAUGUAUCUUCGUUUAAUUUUGGGAGGGAUUGGAGGUAUUUGCAGCCUGGGUGGAAGGAUAGGAGUGAAUAUGCUUAA